CGCGUAAAGGCUAAGAGGCUAAGAAGAAUAGCGCAAUGUUCGUGGAACACGCGGCCCAGUGGGCCUGGAAAGCUAUGGGUGGUACGAGAAUCGAAGUUCUUUACACGCUUCUCGUGUUCAUAGGUGUGUUGUUGGUGGCUAGAUGCUUGCAAUGGCUUAGGUACGUUCGUUCUUUACCUCCUGGCCCAUGGGGCGUACCCGUGUUUGGUUAUUUGCCAUUUCUGAAAGGCGACGUUCAUCUUCAGUACGGUGAACUCGCGAAAAAGUAUGGGCCGAUGUUCAGCGCCCGGCUGGGAACGCAACUAGUGGUUGUUCUUAGCGAUCAUCGCACGAUUCGUGAUACGUUUCGUCGGGAGGAGUUCACUGGCAGACCGCACACCGAGUUCAUCAACAUCUUGGGCGGAUACGGUAAGUGUGGAUCGUGGAUCGUGCACCGUGCAUCGUGCACCAGCAUCGCGUCGCGCGUGUCACGCUCGCUUUCUGAUAAUCGCAGCCUUCUUAUCUCUCAAUUUGCUGUCUUUGCAACUUUUCGACUUUGCAUCGUUUUUUCUCUUUCAUUUUUCCUACUUUCAUCUCCUUCGAAACUUUACGCACAAGCUUGCUCGCUAUCAAUCAUUUCGUCUCCUUUUCCCGUCUUUUUACACUCUCGACUAACUAAAAGGUGCUUUAUCAUGACCGCGAGUCGCUUCGAUCGUAUCAACUCUAAUGAGUUUUUCUUUCUCGUAGGUAUUAUCAACACCGAGGGUGCUAUGUGGAAAGAACAAAGAAAAUUUCUUCACGAUAAACUUAGAAGCUUCGGCAUGACCUAUAUAGGCGGUGGAAAGAAAGUAAUGGAAUCGAGAAUCAUGCGCGAAGUGAAGACGUUCCUUCGUGGACUGGCGUCGAAAGGGGGUAGAUCGACAGACGUUUCGGCUUCUCUUGGAAUGUCGAUUAGCAACGUGAUCUGCUCGCUCAUAAUGGGAGUGCGUUUCCAACACGGAGACUAUAGAUUCAAGAGGUUCAUGGAUUUGAUCGAGGAAGGCUUCAAACUGUUUGGCAGCAUGGCUGCGGUGAAUUUUAUUCCUGUGAUGCGUUAUUUGCCCUGUCUGCAAAAAAUUCGUAACAAGAUAUCGGAAAAUCGUGCGGAAAUGGCAGACUUUUUUCAAAAAACGGUUGAUCAACAUCGAGCAACAUUUGACGAAAGUACAGUGCGAGAUUUAGUUGACGCGUACUUGCUCGAGAUCGAAAAGGCGAAGGGAGAAGGCCGCGCUAGUUUGCUCUUUCAAGGAAAGAAUCAUGAUCGACAGAUGCAACAGAUUCUCGGAGACCUGUUCUCUGCUGGCAUGGAAACGGUUAAGACCACCUUGGAAUGGGCAAUAAUUUUGAUGCUUCAUCACCCGGAAGCUGCAGCCGCGGUGCAAGAAGAGUUGGAUCAAGUGGUGGGAAGGUCGAGGAUGCCCGCUUUGGAGGAUUUACCUUUUCUUCCUAUUACCGAGGCGACGAUACUGGAAGUUCUUCGACGAUCGAGCGUCGUACCGUUGGGUACUACUCACGCAACUACACGAAAUGUGACGUUACACGGUUACACGAUACCGGCUGGAACGCAAGUUGUCCCGUUGUUGCACGCGAUACACAUGGAUCCAGAGCUUUGGGAGAAACCCGACGAGUUUCGACCGAGUCGGUUUCUCUCGGCCGAAGGCAAAGUCGAAAAGCCGGAAUACUUUAUGCCUUUCGGCGUUGGCCGACGUAUGUGCUUGGGUGAUGUACUGGCGCGCAUGGAAUUGUUCUUGUUCUUCAGCUCGCUGAUGCACACGUUUGAAUUGAAAUCACCGCAAGGUUCAUCUUUACCGAGCUUGCGCGGUAACGCUGGUGUCACUGUCACACCCGAUCCUUUCAACGUUUGUUUAUUACCGAGAAAUCUGGACAUUAUCGAAGAUGCGAACAACGACACGAUCUUUGGUGCAAUUUUACGGAAUAUCGGCAGUCACUGAAAAACCUGCGAUUCCCUUUUACGCUCCAACGACAAUCCACGGAGCACGGUAGUCGUUCCUAGUGCGACCCGAUUUCAUUUUCUUCUCUUCUUUAUUUUUUUUUUUUUUUAUUUUUUUUUGCUUUUCCUCACCCGAUUCCAUUCGAUUUCACUCGAUUCGUGGCUGUAACCUUAUUCUUAUUAUUAUUAUUAUUCUUAUUAUUCAAUCCGAUCCAAUUAAGAAUCGCUUCUUUUUCAUUUCAUUUUAUCGCCUACAUUUUUCCACACUUUUCCUAUCGCUUUCCUUCGACUUGCUGAUUUGCAAUAUUUAAUUCGCAAUUUGCAAUUUAACGGGUGUGUACUUAUUGGGCGAGUUCUCCUCGGUUCUUACACCACCUUUUAUUUAUUCGCGUUUAGUCACUAGUUAUUUAGGAAAGGUAUGUUAUACGUUAUACGUUCAAACCUGAAGAAUUUCGAGCCUGACGAGCUUAAUGAGCCAUGUCGAUCCAAUGUUUGUACUAUACAAUUUACAAAGGCGUUUUGCAACAACGUUACCUUUUGUCGUUAAAAUUGUUAUCGUGACGUUGUCUCAGACGCGAUAAGAGACAAAAGACUUGUAAAUAGAGAAACGGCAGCAACACAACUGGUGUAACUGGUGUAACAGUGCUAUAGUUGAAAAUAUAGUAGUAAUAGCGAUAGUAGUAAAAGCGAUAUAGCGAUAAUAAUAUUAGUAAUAUAGCGAUAAUAUGAAGCAACAACGAUAGCGCAUCGAUAAGAGAAUCAGUAACAGCUAUAACAUUGGCACGUAAUAUGUAGUAAGAAAGAGGAGAAAGAAAAAGAAAAGUAAAAGUAAAGUAAAGUAAAGUAAAGUAAAG